AUGUCUGUACAAACUGCAUCCGAAGGUUAUUAUACCCACGGGUUUCAAAGCUCUUCAACUACUUUAGUGGACACUAAUACAAUUAAUAUUAAAGCUAAUAAAUCUGAUGAUGAAUUAUCACAAUUUUUACAACAACUACGGUUAGAAAAUCCAGAGUUUAAGAUUUUACCACAUUUACCUGCUCAUAAAACAAUUAAUGAACAAUUAAUUUCUCAUAUUACAAACAUUAAUGACGAAACAUGUCUACCUGGUGAAGAAAAUUCUUUCUUUGUUGGCGACUUAGGUGAGUUAGAAAAUUUAUAUAAAAACUGGAAAUUUCAACUCCCUAGAGUUCAACCAUUUUAUGCUGUUAAAUGUAAUCCAAAUCCAAUUAUUCUAAAAAGAUUGGCAAAAUUUGGUGUUAAUUUUGAUUGUGCUUCAAAAUUAGAAAUUGAAACUAUUUUAAAUUUAGGUGUUGAUCCUUCAAGAAUUAUUUAUGCUAAUCCCUGUAAAAUGUCAUCAUUUAUUAGAUUUGCUAAUGACAAGAAGGUUUUAAAAUCAACUUUUGAUAAUGUUGAAGAAUUAUAUAAGAUUAAGAAAUUUCAUCCAAAUUCUGAAUUAUUCUUAAGAAUUGCUACUGAUGAUUCAACAGCACAAUGCCGGCUUUCCACCAAAUAUGGUGCCGACUUAGAGAAUGUUAGAGAAUUAGUCUCUAAAUGUAAAGAAUUAGAAUUAAAUUUAUGUGGUGUCAGUUUCCAUGUUGGUUCUGGUGCAAAUGAUUUUAGUACUUUAUAUAAAGCCACAAGAGACGCUAAAUGGGUUUUUGAUAUCGUUGAAAAUGAAUUUAAUAUGCCAGCUUUAAAAGUAUUAGAUGUCGGUGGUGGUUUCCAAUUAGAAUCAUUUAAAGAAGCUUCAUAUGUUUUAAAUAUGGCUUUAAAUGAAUUUUUCCCAAUUGGUUGUAAUGUUGAUAUUAUUGCUGAACCUGGUAGAUAUUUUGUUGCAUCUACUUUUACAUUGGCUACUAAUGUCAUUGCCAAGAGAAAAGUUAAUGAUGAGGAAUCAAUGAUCUAUAUCAAUGACGGUGUAUAUGGUAAUAUGAAUUGUAUCUUAUUUGAUCACCAAGAACCCGUACCUCGUACUCUAUAUCAUGAUAACGAAUUUCAUUACUUCGAUAAUGAAUCAACCUCUAAAUUAUCCUCGAAACAACAUCCUUUCAAAGUAUCCAUUUGGGGUCCUACCUGUGAUGGAUUAGAUUGUAUCACUAAAGAAUAUCACAUGAAACAUGAUUUAGUGGUAGGAGAUUGGUUAUUUUUCCCAGAUUUAGGUGCCUACACUUCAUCUGCUGCUACUGCAUUCAAUGGAUUUGAACAAGCUGCUACUAUUAUCUUCAUUAACGAAGGUGGUGAAGUAGUGAAAGAAUAA